AUAACCACCAUUUCCAAAUUCUCUUUGUCAUACAAGAAACACGAUGAUGGAGAAGUGGAGAAUUACCCAACGUCUCCUCAGACAUUCAUCGAAACUGCUCUUUGAUCGUCCAUUAAACUGUAGUGCUUCUCAUAUUUCAGCUUUCCGCUUUGCUUCAGUUCACAGAGAAACUUUUGUAGAAACAGGUCUUGGGAGUGCAAGCUCAAUAAAGUACAGACGUUUUGGUUCAGCCGCUACUGAAAUUCAGCGAAACACAUCGUUUUCGACAUUGAAUGUGGAUGAUAUAAGCUAUUUCAAAGAAAUAUUAGGUGAAAAAAAUGUCAUUCAGGAUAAAGAUGUGUUGCUCAAUGCGAAUACAGAUUGGAUGAGAAAAUACAAAGGGUCUAGUAAGCUCCUGCUCCAACCAAAAACCACUAAUGAGGUAUCUCAGAUUCUUAAGUACUGUAAUUCCAGGCGCUUGGCUGUUGUUCCCCAGGGUGGAAAUACUGGUCUAGUAGGUGGAAGUGUUCCUGUUUUUGACGAGGUGAUCAUCAAUGUUGGUUCAAUGAAUAACAUCAUAGCUUUUGACAAGGUCAGCGGUACACUGGUAUGUGAAGCGGGAUGCAUUUUGGAGAAUCUGGUUUCUUUCCUAGAUGACCAAGGAUUUAUUAUGCCUCUGGACUUAGGUGCAAAAGGAAGCUGCCAAAUUGGAGGAAAUGUUUCAACUAAUGCUGGUGGUUUGCGCCUUGUCCGUUAUGGUUCACUACAUGGAAGUGUACUUGGUCUUGAAGUUGUUUUAGCGAAUGGUGAUGUGCUUGACAUGCUUGGGACUUUACGUAAAGAUAAUACUGGGAAGUGAAGGAUCAUUGGGCAUUGUAACCAAAGUUUCCAUACUUACCCCUUUGAAGCUAUCUUCAGUAAAUUUGGCUUUUCUUGCAUGCAAAGAUUAUUUC